CACUUCUACACGAGACGGUGGCAAGUCGCGAAGUUAUCUAGCGUUUUUCCAGUCGUCGCUCGAACACGAUCGCGUCAAUUAAAAAAUAGUCAUCUGUAGAGAAAAUUUCUCCACCAUGUGUAAGUUGGUGAUUUUAUUUUUGUUCAUUUUUUCUCAUCAGUACGUUUAUUCGCAAGUGGAAAAUGAUUUCAAAAAUGAUACCGUCGAAUACGUAGUCAACAAAUUAUUCGAAAAUGUCAGCGACUCCGAUGUACUGAAUUUGUUCAAUACGUUGAAUAAUUACUACAAUUACACGUUGGAGAAUGGAACCGUCAAUUACGACAAUUCGUCCAUAAAAUCCAGCACCGUUAUGAAAAUAAACCCUCCUCGAACUGGAAGGAAAUACAUCGAAGUGACGACACCACCGCCGGAAUCUUCGACAAAGGCUGCAAAUUUGGAAUGGAUUUCUCGACCUUUGCGAGAAGGUUUGGCCGAUCUUAAAGUAAGAUCUCAGACCAAUCAAGCGUGUAAUUUACAAUCGCAGAUGUACGAGAUGCAUUUGAAGAAUGACACCAUAUGGGCGAUUAGAAUGGCUGAAUCGACGCAAUUUGAGCCAAUAGGAAUACUCGGCGGUACAACUUAUCAAAUGGGUAAUUUCGAAGAAUGCAUCAAAACCAAAGCGUUCGGAGUAAGGGGGAAGUAUUGUUUGGCCAAUUUUAAAUACUCCCUUACCCCGGAAAACGAACGCCGCUAUGCUGAAAUGGUCGGACAACUCGUAUUAAAAGAAGACAUUAAUCAAGAAGCUUCGGUGUGGGAGGGUCUGAUUAAAUUUCAAAAAGAUCCGGCGAGAAUUCAUCGACAAGAUUUAUACUGGGGUAUUUGUUUACCCGCCACGUGUUCUGCUGAAGAUCUGGAAUCUUCCUUGAAUGAGACAUUAUUGCACCGCUUUCGUCAGCAUGAUCUCGAACUGAAUAUUACAGUCGAUCCUAUUUAUUGUCAUACCAAAGAUUGGUUACCAUUUACCACCGGAUUUUGGAUCACAAUGACUUUCAUGUCGUUAUUAUUACUGGCAAAUAUUUUGUCGACCGCACUUGAUGGGUAUGAUUACUUUAAGGACAACUAUCAUCAUAAAGUUGAGGGCUGGAGAGAAUUCGUUGGUACGUUUUCUGUAUGGAGAAACACAUACAAUCUCGGUAUUUAUAGUAAAAAUUCUCAAGUGAAAAUAGUCAACGGCAUGAAAGUGAUAAUGAUGGUCUUAAUUAUCUAUGGCCAUACUCUGCUUUACAUAUUGGGAUAUCCUCAAGUGAAUCCUGCCAGUUUAGAAGAGGUGUACCGAAGAGGUGCCGAUGUAGCUCUAGUGAAUACGAACAUCGUUGAUGUAUUUUUCACCUUGAGUGGAUUUCUAACAUUCUACUAUGGGUAUCAUCCGAUGAAAGUCGGUGGGAUGGUUUAUCUAGUUCUGAGUGUCGUCUUCAGAUAUCUGAGAUUGAUGCCAGUUUUUGCGAUAGUAAUCGCUUACGUAGUCUUCGUACUUCCUUACACGAGCGACGGACCUAUAUGGAACGCCCGCGUGAUGUUGGAAGCGGAAAAUUGUCGAAAAAAUUGGUGGCUGGAUAUUUUAUUACUGAAUAACUUUUACAACGUUGACGAACAGUGUGUCGUCAUCAGUUGGUACAUCACAACCGAUAUGUUGCUGUGCAUAAUUGCAUCGGUAUUAAUUUACAUUAUGAUCAAGAAACCGAAAUUCGGCGUCUUACUAGCUGCAUUUACUCUAUUACUUUCCAUCGUUGUUACAUUUGCGGUUACUUAUAUGAAUAACUAUAAUGGCCUUCUGAAAUUAUACAUGAACUUGUUAAUAAACCAUCGAAAAUCGAUAGAAUUCAAAGAAUUGUAUGCAGCUUUGUAUUCCCGAGCCGGUCCAUAUUUAGUAGGGUUCUUAACCGGUUAUAUCACCAUUAAACUGCAAGAAAAGAAGUAUACGUUCACCAAUAAAACGUUAUUUUUCGGAUGUGCGUUGGCGAUCGCUAUUGGAGAAGGAAGCCAAUAUUACGGAGUCUUAUUUUAUCAAUUUGGAAGACCAUAUUAUGCGAUAGAAAAUGCGUUUUAUGCUUGCCUGCAUAGAAUUCUUUUUGCCGGACUUUUCUCAUGGUUCCUGUUAGCUUAUUUGACGACUGGUUUUGGAAAAUUGGAUUCCAUUAUCAAUCAUCGUUUGUUCACUGUUCUCGGUAGAAUAACUUAUUCAGUAUUUUUAAUGAAUACACUUUCGUUGAUCACCUUAGCUGCGUCUGUAAGGACGCCCAUUUUUUACUCUUAUAAGACAAUUAUGUUUUUCGUAUUCGGCGAUAUUGUUACCACUUACGUACUAGGAUUUCUGUUUUACUUGUACGCCGAAGCACCAAUAUGCGGAAUUUCUAAAUUAAUGCAGAAAGCUUUAGCCAAAAUGUUCGCGAAAGAAAUAGAAAAAGCUCAAGCCAAAGUGCAAGAGAACGGAGUUUCAGAAACGAAAAAAAUCGAUUAUGGAAGUUGAUUCAUCUCAAAUUGCACGUAUCAUCAUCAAACAACAUGAGCUCAAUCAACUAAUGCACCUCUAUCAAUUCGCUUGGCGAUGCGAAGAAGCAUUUAAUCAAUUUUUUUUCUAACGAGUCAAGCUCGUGAACGCCUCAUUAUAAAUGCGAAUAAGUAGUUCAUUUUUUGGGGGCAAAUAAAGUGAUCGUUCGACAAAAAAAGGAGUUCAAAGGACGUACGUGUGGUCUAAUGAAUGAUCCAUGAAGUUAAGUACGCAGGUACAUAGGUACUCGUACAUUGCAGAAGCGUUUUUCGGACAGAAUGCGUUCAUGGAAUCGUGGAUACCGCCAUAAUAAUAGCACGUAUGGCGAAAUGGUAGCAUUCAGAUGGGACAAGGCGAGAUUUUCGAUCACAAAGUGAACUUUUUUGUCGUUUUUCCCUCGCAUGAAACUACGAAUGUAAAGUUAUUUGGUCAUUUGAACUCCUUUCUUUGGUCGUGUAUUUACAUUUUUCUUUUUCAAUUUUGAAGGGAUAAAUCGCAUCCUUAAUUUUUUAUUUGUGCUGUUAUUCGAUGUGUUUUAUACAUCGUGUGUAGUAUUUUCAUUUUAAGAUGCAUUUUGUAGUAUUUAUUUGUGUAAAUCAUUGUGAUACUUUGAAGAGUUUAAUAUACCUUUGUCGAUACUCAGA